AUGCCAUCUCUGAGGGAAGGUUGGUUAGGUCUUGAUUUAAAUGGAAAUAAGAAUGGGAAGGAGUGA